AUGUCGGCUGCAAGACGCAGAGCCUCUCUUGACCGUAUCUCGUGUCUUUUGGACGUCGAGCUGAAGAGGAUUUACGCCAGAGGCACUGCUGACGUUAUGGCUGCCAAUUGUCGCCAACUGGUGUGUUCUGUUUUUUUAACCUCAUACCGUCAGGACGUCUCAAGGGGUGUAAAUUGUGAAAACUUCAGAAUUCAUUGGAGUUUAUCGAGUAUCUCUAUUACAAGAUAAACGAUGCAAUCAACAGUGUGAACGGCGGUUAACACCGCGGCUUCCACCGAUUGGCGCGCUUUCAGCACAAGCUCAAAGAUAAAUCUGUUGGUUUUCCAAAUUUUCCAUUGACGGAAAGAGAAUCUCAGGGCCUUCCGAUGACGAUCCUGACGUUGCCGCUCACAGGAGAGGACAAUUCCUUGCCUCCACCUUCCGCCUCGCAGUCCAGCCACUACGCAGCUUCCUCCCGCGGCAGCGACGAGUACGAAGAUUACGACAAGGUCAAAUUUUAUCAAAUCGCUUCAUUUCAAACAAAAUGAAUGGUAAGAAUCAUAAAAAGUUUUAUUUGGUCACCAGAUUAUAAAUGGAAAGUUUUCCUUACAAGGGGUGUCAUAUUACUCUGUACUUCAGAAAUUCUUGAAACGAAUUCGAUCAUUUGUUUAAAAACUUCAUCAAGUAAAUAAGAAAGCCAAUUUCACAGAAAUAUCUGCAAUCCCUAGUGAAAUAGGGUCAAGGAUUCUUGUUCCAGAUAUCUGACGCAGGCUUCUACAGCUCGCCGUCACGUCAGACUAUUGUACGACUUUGAUCCUAAGCACGAAGAUGAGAUUCCAGUGAGUUCUUGAGAGACUUCCAGCUGGAAACACUCCGAGAAUCGCAGAUCCGAGCAGGACAGUGCGUCUUGGUCGAAGACCGUAUUGGGGACGAUUGGCUUGUCGGCCACGUCAUCUCCGAUCCGAACUUUUCUGAAUCGCAAGUCGUUCCCGGUUCCACGCCGGCCACCGGCCGGUUCCCCACUACCUACGUUGCGUUUCGACGUUUUUUUUUUGCGACUGAAAAACAUUUGGGACGACUAAGGAAACCAAAUUUUAAAAAAAAGCAGCAUCAGCGCGCAUGAUGCACUUUGUAAAAAAAAACCGUACGAGUAAACUCUUUCUAAAUGGAGUUGAGAAUCAAAAAAAGUUUAUUUUGAACUUCAUCACAUUCCGAUGAUUUUUAAAUGCCUUCUGUUUUUUUUUAUUGAAACCUGCUUCGAUCAUUUUUUUUUUCAAUUCAAGUAAUGUUAAGAAGAUUUUUUUUUCUGCCGGUGUGGUUUUCAACUAAUUCGUUUUUUUUUCAAUUUUAAUCACAAUAUUUUUAAACAUGCCGUGACUUUUUUCCAUAGUCCCCAUAAAACUGUCAUUCGAAUCAUAUCAUGUCGUGUCAAUAAAUCUUGAUAUUUCUCUAAGAUGACGUGAAAGAGAGCGAGCUUUGGUAUAAACCUCGCAUAUCAUUAUCACGACGAGGAUUCCGCCGCGCAGUGACCGCGUUUCAGGUCGUUCAUCACCCUUUAGUGUUGCCUUCCGCUCUUUUUUCCCUUCCGACAGCGCCGGAUGGAGAGCGAGCCAGAUGGAAUAGUAAGCAUUAGAUUCAAUGAUGUUCGAUCAACUCACCUAAAACGCUUUUUAUGACUUUUUAAAGAGGAACUUAACUUUGAGUAGAGCUUUUGAAUUGAUAUGUAUUUUCUCGGGUAAAGUCGGAAUGAUGGCCAAUGGCCGUUAAAAGGGAAAGGCUCAAAAAAGGCCCCAGAAAGACAGCAAAAAAAAAACCCCCCUCUUUAUCGAGCCUUCCAUUCUUCCAGGGAUUGUAAAAGCUCGAGAAAUAGUGGAAAAAAGGAGAGGUAGCAUAAAUGGUGCAUCAGAGCCGAUGAAAUGGCGCGUUUGUUUUUUUGCUAUGCCUGAAGGUAGUAGCUAAAAAUCAGGUUUAAAUCGAGCCGACAAAAUUUUAACGCGGUUUUUGAGACUGUUCAGGAAAAGUAAAGUUUUUUGCAGUUUUUGUCCGAACAAAAAAAAUUGAAUUGAAAUUGAGGUACAUGUAUUUCCUGUCAGAAUUUCUGAACUUCAAAAAAGCGAAUCUUUUUCGCAGUUUCAAUUGGCAACAAUCUCAGUGUGAAUUGGCCCCAAAGAAAGGAUUUGAAAAGGAAUAUAUAGCCCGUAGGGUCAUUAGUUCCUUUUCGCGCGGUUCCGAACUCUCCGAAAUCAAACAAAAAAAAGAUGCAGGACGGAUGUUUUUCGAAAGGUCAUCUUGCUGUUUCAUUUCAACUCAACUUGGUCAAUCAAUUUUUUUCGUUUUAUUUCGAAAAAUACCUCGAUUCAAAGCAAAGCUGUUUCGAAGUUUUUUUGAAUGAAGAAUAUUAAUGACAUUCUACGGUAAUAUUUAUGAAGAAAAAAAUCGUUCCGCUACUAUAUUUGUUCAAAAACUUCACUAUGGCGUUUCUUUAUAUGCUUCAGGAAAGUAACUAGGCGAGCUGUUAAGAGUUUUAUUUUUUUUGGUAAUGAACCCAUUUUCACUUCUGAACACAGGCCAACCUCCGUUAAUAUUCAAAAAAAGUCAUUUUAUGUUUUUUUCUCAUUUUUGGAGUGAACUUUUUGGUUAAGUGACAACUUAAUCUGUAAUGAAUAGCCGCAGACAGAAGAGCCGGAAAAAAAGUUGAGUCCAGUGGAAGUGGUGUGUCCGUUUCAAAGCGUUAUCACUUGACGGUUUGCGUACCCCCCGUACUCCCCCAAAAUCCGAAAAUCGAUCUGUUUUCAAUGUUAUCCUACAUUAUGAAGUGAGUUUUAUGAUCUGGCCAAGUUUCAGGCCGUUGGGAUGAGUUUUAAGAAAAAUAAUUUUUUGGGUCACCGGAAAUUGAUAUUUUGAAAUUUUGAAUUUUUUGGCUCAAAAUCACUAUCAACCUUGAGUUAACCUCAAAUAAGGUAUAUGCUUCAAGUUUCCAGGCUUCCGGACGUUUUUCGACCAAGUUAGAGUGGUUCCCGACCGCGACGCAUGGUGGCAAAAUUUACGCUCCGCUUUCACUGUGUGUUAACACCGUGAGGAUGAGUUGAAAAAAAAAAAAUGAGGGUGAAAUUUUCUCUAAAUCAAAUAUGUUGUAGAGCACGAUUUUUGGGAUUUUUUGAAAUAAAAAUUGAAUAUCAUCACUCGAGCCGUUUUCGAGAUACGGUGGCUCAAAGAAGUACGGUAGGCCCCUUCGAAAAUCUAUAUCUUGACAAAAAUUCGACGAAUAAGGUGCAAUAUAAUUUUAUUCAAUUUUUAAAAAUCUAUCACUUCAUUAUUGCUUAUUAUUGCUCAUAUUAGAGAAUUUUUCUCAAAAAAAUCAAAACCAGUAUAUGACGUUGCGGUCCGGCGUUUUGUCUUGUUGCUAUCGAAACCACAAAAAAAAAAAUCUAUCUACUGAGCAAAACAUGAAUUAGGCGAGUUUUCCAUCUAAGACCCGAAAACUCCAGAAACCUGUGAUUUUGGGUAAGAUUACCGAAUAACUUUUUUAUCUCGUGUUUAUUUGGAUUGAAACUAGCGAAAUCGAGAUCAGCAUGCAUUCUUACAUCUACUAGGUCAUUUCUCAAAACGAAACAAGGAAAAAAAAUCGAAAUUUCAAAACAUCACUUUCCGGUGACCCAAGAAAUUAUUUUUCUUAAAACUCAUCCAAGCGGCUUGAAACUUGGCCAGAUCAUAAAACUCACUUCAUAAUGUAGGAUAACAUUGAAAACAGAUCGAUUUUUCGGAUUUUGGGGAGUACGGGGGGUACGCAAACCGUCAAGUGAUAACGCUUUGAAAUACUCUAACUUGGUCAAAAAAACGUCCGGAAGGUUGGAAAUUUGGAGGAUAUACCUUAUUUAGAGUUAACUCAAGAUUAAUAUUGAUUUUGAGCCAAAAAAAUUCAAAAAUUUCAAAAUAUCAAUUUCCGGUGACCCAAAAAAAUUAUUUUUUUCUUAAAAACUCAUCCAAGCGGCUUGAAACUUGGCCAGCAUUUGUAAGUGGAUCUCUUGAUUCGUGAGUUUCUUCUAUUGUUUGAUUUUUUUUAAUUUUAUUCGUUUUCGAAACUUUUCUUUUAAGAUCAAGAGCUGAGAAUUCAGCCCAAAGCUGAGAAAAAAAGAACUCAAAAAAAUCUUUUGGUAUUCCAACAGAAACAGAAACAGUAUUGAAAAAAAUCGUGUUUUUUUCAAUAAAAAGAUAGUUUUGAAACAGUGAAAUAUGUUUAAAUUUUUAUUUUUUUGAGCUUUUUUUAAAAAUAUUUUUUUCAAAAAAACCUUCUGAGCUUUCAAAACUCAAAAAAAUUGCUAAAAAACCCAAUUUUUUUCCAGAUCCCCAACUUUCGUGGUCCCAAUCAGCAUCUGCGAAACGCCAGUCUGGCGGAAGAUCUACGUCCAAGCGAUGCCAAGCUUUAUUCGACGAUUUCUGUGCCGAAAUCGCUCCUGGAGUACUGUAACCGUACCGAAACUCACUACCGACCAGCAAACUAA